CACAAUGUCACAGCAGAUUGGUUGCAAGAGUGUCACUGAUGAAAAUAACUUUCAUUUGGCAUUGCUAUAAUUACGUAAAAAUAUACGAAGUAAAAUGACGUCAGAAACCUAUUUGGAUUUGACCUUUGACCGUAGUGGAAAGAGUGGUAAACGUGCAAUUAGACCAAAAUUGCUGAAACUAACGGAUGUCACGAUGCCGCAUCGCAGUCGAAAAAAGACUAAAGUCAAGAGCAAAGACCGGUCGGUGUCCUCAGUACGUGACCGCAUUUACGACGAUCCAGCAUACACAGACGAUAUUAGCCACCUCGCGAACCCACUACGACGCAACAGCUGUUCAGGCAAAGCGGACGGCAAAGCGAAAUCUUUUGCUAGUGGCAAUACGGUGAGCAACUUGACGGCCAGUGCCAGCAGCUCGCUUGGGAAGCGCAGUAAAUUAUCCAAAGAAUUUUUGCAGCAAAAUAAAUUACGCGAUGGUGGCGCGGCCUAUGAGCGCGACGCAUCGAGCAGUUCAGACGAGCCACUACGUUCAGAGAGUCAAUCCAAAAGCGGCGCAACUGCGAGUGCUGGACGACGUGGGCGCAGCCUAGAACGUAGCGCUGCUGCAUCGUCGGGGGCAAAGAGCGGUGAGAGGAAACGUGAGAAACGCGAACGCAGCAAUAAACAGAAAAGCAAUACGUGUAUGGAAAGCCAUACGCUGACUCAACAAGCUGAUAUGCAACAAAAACAAGACAGCUAUGCCGAAACAACAACCAAUACGCAUGCGUCAAGUAAUCGGCGGUCUAAAACGCAGUCAACCAUGAUGACCAAACAGUACAGCGAUGGCGCUGCAGCCGAUUUACAAUGGGCGGUCGAGCAGCAGCAAGCGCGCGAUGAGAUUUCAUCUAUGCACAGCGGUCCAUCUGCGGUAAAGGCUGUUACAGCAACAAGCGCUGCAGGCAGUGUCAGCUCGAAAAUGCAAAUUGGAAGACGUUUCUUGCGCGGCGAAAUCGGCAUAAAGAGUUUCAAUUACUACUUACUCAAGGAGGGUAUUAAGAGCUCGAAGCGCUUUGUGGAGAAACAGCGCAACUCAUUCACAAGCGGCUUAGCGAGCGCGGCAAGUGGCGGCAGGAAGACGCACUCACGCAGCGAGGAGAAUAUCUAUGAGGAGAUUUUCUUCAAGGAUGCGCCACCAUCAGAUGAUGAACAACAGCAACUACAAGAACAACAGCAGCAGCAGCCACCGCCACCGCCGCUGCAGCAAAGUAAUAGCGCACAUACACAGCUGCAACCGCAAACUCAACAACAGCAACAUACACAACAUGCACAUCAAGGUAGAGGCGCCGAUACCCCUAUAUCACAGUGUAGCGGCAGCGAAGAGGGUGUGUAUGCCGACUGUGAACUUUGCCUGCAGCAAUGCACCAAAGAGAAUUGCGAAUAUUGCUACGCGCAGCAGGCGUCGGGUGGCGCGGUAGAGCACGGGCAAAGCGCCAGUAAAAUACAGCGCGAUAUGGCGAAACCGUAUGCGGUGGUGCCAUUACAACAACAACAACAACAAACGCUUAAUAAACUACCACAACAAUUCGAUACUGCCGCGCGGACAUUAAUCACCCAAGCGCCUAGUGCCGCGCCUGCUGAUUACAACAGCUCGAGUAGCAAUGGCGGCAUGGCGGGCGCACAACUACCAGCCGCACACAUACUGGAGUUCCAAUCGUACAAUCCGAAUAAUCCGGGCGUUUACAAAAUAGAGACAACACCGGUGGCCAUUACUGGUGAAUACAAUCCGAUAUUGCAAUUUCAACAGUCUUCACCGUCAACAGGCACCGCAACAACAACAACACCCAGCAUAGAGCUACAGCCUUUGGGUUUAGCGCAACAUGCGUCGAAUAUGGCGCAUCAACAACAACAACCACAAUUAAUCCAACAGCAAGUGAGCUAUCAGCCAACAAUACACCAUCAGCAACAACAACAACAGCAGCAGCACUUGAAACACUCAUCCAACAGCUACUUAUUGCAAACGGGCGGCGUUGGUGGCGCGCCAACACAUCACCACUACCAUCAGUCACCAACAGUUGCCACCAGCAGCGCCGGUAUACUUAUAACACAACAGCGCGCACGCGGUCAUCGUAUGGGCAGUCAUCAACACCAACAACAACACUCACAUUAUAUGCUCACUUACCAAGCGCCUACAAUGGCCGCAGGACCGCCCAUCUCCGGUGGCGGUGGCAUGCAACGCAUGAACACCAAAUCAUCAUCGUCCAGCGAUUCGUUGCAACAGCACCAACAUUUGCAUAAAUAUAACACCAUGUCACGCCUCGAAGCGCAGCAUGUGCUGUUGGGCGAUCCCUUCUAUGGCGGCACCGCUAUUGGACCGACACAUUCUCUCAUGUUUGCCGCUAGCCGUCCCAUAGGCGGUUCACAGAUACUCGUCGAUUCGUACGAAUUGCCGCAAAUGUAUAAAAGCGAUUCGCGCGCCUCCAUACUGAGCGAGUACUCGUUGCGUAGCAGCGAUAAUUCGCAUCGCUACAAUCGCUUUCGUUACGCAGGCGGCGGCGGUGGCAGCUUCAGCGGCGUUGCUGGCGGUGGCGGCCAGGUGAGCGAUUCCAGUCUGGGGGACUCAUUGUUUUCCUGCACCUCCGCGCAGCGUCGCUACUUUGGCAGUUCGGAGAGUUGCCGCUUUGGUUUCGAGUGCCGGCGCUGCAGCUUGGAUGGCGGCGAAAAGUGUAGUUUCUCCGACACUUGCCGCUAUGAGUGCCGUAACUGCGAUUGCUCUUCCAGCUACUUCUCCUCAGAUUUCGAUGAUAUGUAUGGUAGUGUAGCGGGUGCUGGUGGCUCGGCAGCCGCCUUAGGCGCACAGCGUAGCAGCGGCAUACCGCGCAAAACUGCAGCUGGCACGCUGCCCGCAAGCGUUGGGAAUGCGGAAUAUGAGCGCAAGCAGGAACAACUCGAUUUGAAGCAGAAUAAAUAUGCGCAGGAUUUCUUUAAGCAUGUGAAUGAUGUAAAGCGUAGCAUCUACCAAUCGGAGAUGCAACGCAAUGCAAGCGGCGCCGCUGAGUGUGCAGUUAGUAACAAAUAUGAAAGCAAUCGCACUAAAGGUGGUGAACGUAGCGCGGCGUCUACUAUGCAAGCGCCAGAAGGUAGUCCACGUCGCUACACCGCCAAAGAAGCGCCGCAAAUAACUACACUACCGUUGACUAAAGAGCGCUCUCGCGCAGCGCGCGCCACAGCUGGCACGCAUACAGACAGCUCGACUACGCCUACACCAGCGCCUAGAACUAGUUUACAGCAGUCGCAACCACAGCCAACACAACGCGCAUCACGCCACGCAACAGCAACCGUUGCAUAUGAGCGCCACAGCGAAUAUCCUUCAUUGGAUCGAUUGGUAGCAAGCGCCACGGGCGCCAUACCAAAAGCAACAACUGUGUGCUUGCAAAACGCUGGCGGCGGUAAAAACAAAACUAAUGCUACCGACACAUUGCCAAUGACAACCAGUGAUAUUAAUAGCAAUAAUGAUCAACCUAUAUGCAGCGAGCGUCAUAGUCCGCGUCACAGUACAAAGAAUUUGAAAAUUACCGAUCGCCCACUCGGUUUGACUGGCGCGUACGUGCACACCACUGAUGCUGAUACGGCCAAGGCCAGCGCUCGCAGCACACGUGUCGCCGCUGAGGCGCUCACUAAUAACAACAACAAUAAUAACAUCACUGUAGCUAAUCACAAUGAAACGCCGGUAGCAGCUUUAUUGGGCGCCAGCACAGCUGGUAGCGCAGUUUGUGGCGGUAGUGGCGGCGUCGGCUCAAUGAAGCGUGAACCACGUUAUCUGAGUGUCGAGCAUACUACCGGAAGUAUACCUGCAGUGCAUACUAGUAAACGGCACCACCGCAGCUCUUCCGCCUCCAAGCAAUCGUCAUUGUCCGUGACGCGUCGCAGCAAAGACAUACCGGCGCCACCACCGCCAUCGCCAGCCACUUACUCAGAUCUGCAGGAAUUGAAGGUGAACAUUGAGAACGCACAAAAGCCAAAGCAACUAGAUGAAGUUGAGUUGAAAAAAUCGUCUGCUGAAAGGCGCAAGAAGAAGCAUGCCAAAGCAGAUAUCGAACUGCAACAACAACAACAAGUGAAUAUAACAAACGCCGAAAGUCAGUCGAAAAGGGAAAAAGAAAAAGAUGCCCAGCGCCAGCUGUCAUUGAAGACAACUAAGGACGCGCAGUUGGUAGCUGUCGCACAGUUAAGUCCAACCAAAAAUGACAAGUGCGACACAGUCAAGGCGACAAAGUUACAAAUUCCAGUAACAGCAACAGCAACAAAAAAUGCUGACAUCUCUUUGAGUCAAGAUUUAUGUGAACGCCCAGCUGCUGCAUUGCUGGCAGCCGCAAAAUCACCUGUGGCUACUGCGGUGGCUGCGGCAGGUGCUAAUUGCAUGCCAGAUACCGCAACGAAACAGCAGCAGCAACAACAACAACAAUUACAGCAACAACUUCAAGAGCGCACACAUGCCAAGCUGAAUAAUGCAAAUUGCAAUAGCAAGCAUGCUUCAGAGACAGUCAAACAACUGGAAAUGUGCAACAGCGCACAUGCCACAGACGAUGAUGAUGUCUUUUAUGAUGCGCGCAGCGAGGAUUCCGGUGGCACGGUGUCGAGUAGCUUGCUGCGCCGCCAAAAAGCAACAGCAGCGACGGCGGCAGCAGCAGCAGCAACAGUCAAUAGCGGCAGUGAGCGACGCGGCAAGACAACAACGAGCCCUGAAUUCAACCGGGAGCAACAUAAAGAAGAAGAAGAAGCAGCAGCGGCAGGAGAAAAGCCAUCACAUGAACACAUAGCCAGCGGCAGCGACAUUAAAUUGGACAUGGACAAUGCUGGCGCAGUGCAGUCGGUCGCUGAGAAUGACGAGGCCAACGCGACCACAGUACAAACGAAAUCCAAGGACACGCUGGCGGCUAACAGUGAGAGCGUCAAAACUGAACGAACGAAAAGCGCAACGAGCGACAACAAGACGACGACGAUUAUUAGUAGCGGAGCUGCCAAAAGUGCAGCAGCACAAGCUGAAGCAACGAAUGUGACAAAUGUUGCUGCAGCCGGAGCAACAGGGUACUCGGCGAUGGCAUUGAACCUGGGCGACGAGGCAAAUGCAGAAAAUGCGGCAACCUCGGCAACUACAACACUGCCAAGCAGUGAGCAACACAAAGAUGUAGGCGGCAGUGGCGCUUUGGAAGGUGGCAGCACUAGCAGCGGUCACCAAACGCGAAGAGAGAAGAAACGACGCGCCGCCAACAGCAGCAGCAGCCGAGAAUCAUCUGGCAGACAACAUAAAGCAGCAACCAUUCCGGCAAUGACUAUAAGUUGUGAUACAUGUUGCCAGAUCGAAUGUGAGCAAUAUCAACAGCAACAACAACAGCAAACACUACUGUACUCACAGUCCAGCCGCCGUCAUGAGUCGCGUGCCGAAACCAAAACCAAAACAAGCAAAGCCGAAAGAGCGAACAAAAUAAAAGACGAAAAGUGCAGAGAGCGUGCCGAGGCAACAACAAAAGCAAGCGACACAACCAGCACACUGGCGCGUAAUGAGCAAGCAACAAUUGCGCCAACAACAAUAGCGUUGAGUACGAGUACAAGUGUGCCAGCUGGGAAAGAGCGGGCAGACUCGCCGUCGUCGUCGUCGCCGACAUGCGCAACAGCUAUGUUGACACGCGCGAGAGCAGCUGCCGCCACCGCCGCAGACACACAGCCAACUGUAGUGGAGACGCUGCAGCUGCAUGCUAUGGCAACAACAACAGUAAAUAACACAAUUACAACAACUACCACAGACGGCAGUCCGGAAGAAGCAGUUACCACAACGAUAAUAGUCGAACAAAUUGGCGCGCAAAGUGACAACAGCGAGCGCAACAUUGAGACGUGCACGCAACAUGUUGCUAAGCAUGUUGCUAACAGCGCUGAGGCAAAUGAACAGACUGUAAACAAGUGUGCACAGCAUCAGACACCGGCAGACGAGGAACUCUCGGAAGUUUCCAGCACAACAACAACAACAGCUACAACAACAAACGCAACCAUCAUCAUAACGCCAGCUGAAGCCACAGCAACAACAACAAUACCAGAAACAAUAGCCGCUUUAGUGGAGACUGUAGACUCUGGCGACGCUACAAUGGCUGCCAAACUGUUAACAGCAUCAACAGCAGCGCCAGCAACAUUAACGACAGCGCCAACGCUAGCAGUGACGUCAACAGCGCCAGCUUGCGAAGCCAUCACCGCAACAACUUCGCCUUGCACCAGUGCGGCCAACUCGACGGUCAGUUGUAUUUCGGAUAUCGCAGGUGUCACUACGCCUUCGUACAGUGCCGCUAAUCUGCCCACAAUAACCACAACAGCACAUUCAUCACUGGACUCUGAUCAACCAAGCACACAGCUCAAAGCGACACGCGAUCAAGGUAAACGACCACCGCUCUACCGGCAGGAUUACUCCACCUGCGUGGACUCGAGCGAAGCGCAGUCGGACGAUAGUCACUUAACCCGCGACUCUGUAACACGCGAAUCACAGAACGACGAACUCUCCUCCUCGACACACGACAAACUUGACGUCAGCACUCUACCGCUACCCGCGUUACCGCCCAAAAAACGACGUACACGCUUGCGCGCAAGUCCAUCGCGCCAUCAUAGCGGCAGCAGUAGUCGGCGUGGAUACGAGCAUGACACGGCUGCUGUUUGCGGCAACGACGAACAGCGACACAGCAACAUAACAACUGGUACGCUAAAUUUGAAAGUAGCCAACGCGUCUGCUGGUGUUGGCAGUGGUAGUGGCGGCAGUUGUGGCGAGGCCACACCACACCUCUCCGCCUUUCAGCAGUACGUGGCAAAGCGUCGCGAAAGUCUCGAGGCAUCAACGCGCAGCUUCAACGAAAAACUGGAAGCGCGUAGGAUGCAUUACCACAUGGGUGGUGGCGGUGGUUGCGAAAGCGCGCUUGGCAGCGCAACAGUUGGUGGAACCACGGCCAGCGGUGGUGCUCACAUGCCCACCUAUCUGUUUGGCGAACAUUAUUAUGGUGUGCCCGCGAAAGUGACGGGCGCGCGCAAGUCGACACAUGGCAAUAAAGAGGAGAUCUUUCUCAACAAAUCCGGUUGGGUGCAGGUGAAUACAAAGCGUAAUAGCGAUGAAAAUCGUGGCGGCGUUGGCGGUGGCUAUCGUAACGCUAGCUAUGCGCAUCAAAAUGGCGGUAGUGUCGAUGGUGAACGUGAACGCGAUCGUGACUUACGGCGUACAGUGCGCGUCAUUCAAAUCGAUAAUACGCGACGCUCGGAUAGAGCUCGUCAAGCGUUACAGCAACAGCAACAAUAUUCACUCGAUCCAGCAUUCAGUAUGGGUAAAUAUCCGGCAAGUAAAGUGGAGGAGCUGAUACAACGCAAUCAAGCGCGUGUCGGCAGCGCGGGCGGUCCGGUGUUUGUGACAACGCGCGAUAACGCCUUGCGUCCUGGCUAUCGAAUCGUCGAUCCCCAGCUGGCUAGCAUACUCAAUGAACGUCCCGGUUUCCUGCCUGUGCGUAAUUUACAUGAUGCCGACUCUCCACCGCCCAUUACGCCCAUACUCUCGCCACCGCCCGCCUUCCAAGAUAGUAGUAAAUCGAAAUAUAUUGACCGUCGUAAAACCAUACCAAUACGUCAACAUCAAUCAGCGUUGACCGCUAACAAUUUACUUGUCUCGAAUGUGGGUAAUGGCAGCGCCGGCAAGGGUAUGGUGUUUUCACGCAGCUUUGAGUAUGAUGCGCGUCGCAAUGUGCCAGCCGACACUUAUGUCGAAACAUUUUCACGCAGUUUCGAUGGUAAUCUUUCGGAACGUCCACCGCUGCAGCGUGAACGUUCACCGAACUUCAGUACGCUCACUGGCAAUUCACCCAACUAUUUGACUAAGAAGGAUUCGGGCGGCGGCAGCAGCGGCAGUUUACGUAGCCGUGAUAAUUCGCCAAAGUAUCAGCACCCACAAACCACUGCCUAUUUGAAUGCUUCGAUAAAGGAGGCGCCGCCCGCCUACAGUUUGGCUAGCGCAAAUUCGAAUGCGGGCGCCAGCAGUCGUUUUUCACCACGUUCGCGUCAUGAGCGUUCGUUCGAGCGCUCAAAGAGCCAUAAUGUGUUGGUGCGCUCGCGAAAGUCACAGUUCAGUCGUGGUUCUAGUGGUGGCGCAAUUGUGGGCAGCCAACAGCCGAUGGUCAGUGUGGGUAUGUCACGUUUUCGCAGUUUCGACACGACGGCGAGUCAGCGACUGAACUCUUGCGAUAGCGGCGCGAGAUCAGAUCUCUCUAACGACGAAUUGGAUUGCGAUGACGACGAAGGCUCGAAUGAAUUCCUCACCGCCAAUUAUCAUCACAGCAUAUCACCAUUGAAAACGCAACGACAACGUUCGCUAACGCCCGAACGAAACGAAUCACAUAGCUCAUCGAGUAGCAUACGAAAGCAACGAUCGCUAACACCCGAAUCACGAUCACUCACGCCAGAGGAUCGACGCCGAAAAGGCGGUUCACAAGUAUCUUUAAUGGGUUCACGACAGAAUUCGAGUUCACGCAGUAAUACGCUCGAACGUAAACAGCGUUUAACUGAAGGUCAACCCACAACGAAUAUCUCACGUAGUUCGUCGAGUUCAAGCUACAGUGGCGGUGGAGGUGGUGUUGUAAGCGCUGAACAACUUGAUAGCGGAGUUGUUAAUGUAGGAGCUGCGGUUGGCAGUAUAACUGGUAUGCCUAAUACCGCUUUGGUAGGAGGUACUGUGGUCAAUACAGGUAUGGUGGCUAUGACCGGUAGUGGUGGACGUUCGCAGCAUCGACGCUCGCUGGGGCGGAAUGCCAAGCAGGUGGAUGAACAUCGUAUACGACGUUCAAGGUCUCUACAGCUAAGCGAACGUUCACCGAACCGCUCACAUAAAGUUAUCGUUUCUAUGGGACAAUCACAAGGGCCCGCCGUUAAUUAUCACUCACCAAACGCGCAGCCUAUCUACCAACAAGCCGGGGUACGGAUCAGCAACGGCAACGCUAUGCCCGCGCGUCCACCCAUACGCACCAGCAGCAAGUCACAAUCGCUACUACUGAGCAGCAAUAACACGAAUACCGGACGAACACGCAAUAAUGAUAUCGAUAAAAGUCGCUCUUUCGAUUUCGACUACUGCAAUUACAGUACACAAGUGGCGCUAAAGGGACACAGCCACGCCGUGAGCGGCGGCAGCAACAAUCAGAAUGUGCCUCUUCGCUUGGACUUUGACAAGAGUCGCUCAUUCGACGAAGACUACCGUGAACCGUUAAAUACGAUCAGCAAUAAUUUGGCUACAACUAAUGGCAGCGGUAUGCGUUAUCUACAAGCAAUCGCCGACCCAGGCAUGGGUGGUAACACAGGCAGCAACAAUAAUAAUAGAAGUGGUCGCUUGCGACGCUCUUCGCCCGUCGGUACGGGUAGUGGUGAACGCAAUUCACGUUCACCACAAUCUUCGGGUUCAUCAUGUAACAAUCUCCAUUUACCACGACAAUCGACGAGUCCGCAAAAUUACGGUACACGCCUAUGUGAUCACGAACUCACCUACGAUAUGCUGCGUAAAUCACUCGAUCGCUCACCGAUUAUGGAUUUUCGACGCGGCGAUAGUGGUGAAUAUGAUUUGUCGCCAGCAUUAUUACGUAAUCGCGAAACGAUUAAUAGCGGUGGCAAUAGCGAAUUGAAUUUCUUCAAUAACGAUCAUAUCUACGAACAGCCGACUACAAGCAAAGUUUCAGCGAGUGCAACGGGCAGUUCGCUGAAGCAGCAACGUUCACUCGGUCAUACACACAGUCCCAGUGAGUCGCAGUACUCGCUGGAGCGUCAACACAGCAACACUACGGGACGUGAGAGCCAGCUGACGCCGGAGAGCGCCAGCGGUGGUGGCGAUUACCGUGCCGAGCAUAUCUAUCGGCAUCCGCAUACGCGCGAAUCAUCGCGAGAGAGCGCUGCACGCAGUGGUGGCAGCAGUCGCAACAGUCAAAAAUUUACUACAGCGAAAACGUUUACAACCAAUAAGUCAACAUUAAAACCAAUUACAACAACAACUGUCAAAUGCAAUAAAAAUCCGUUAAAACGCCAAGAAGCGCUAUUGAUGUCACAAACUACCUGUUCCUUUUGGCCACAUUGCGGCGCAUGCAAUCCAAUUGCCACGCCCCACACUCAACAUGAUGCCGCCUACGCCAAACGUCAAAUGUCACUGCAGGAGCAACAACAAUUGACAUUGAAUUGUCAACGCGCAACAGAUAUACCACUACGUCGCUAUCAUUCUGCACACGCGUCUAACGGUACAGCCGCCGAGAAAGUGUCGCAAGUGAGAAGAAGUGGGCGUGAAACGCAACAAUCGCCAUAUCUACCACACUUCAAACGGCACAAUUCCAACAUAUCCACUGUCAGUGUCAAUUCUAAUUUCAAUGUGGCGGGAGAAGAACAAAAAAAAAACGGUAAAUUGGCAGGUGUCACCCGUAGUAAAACGCAGUGGACACUUUUAUGUAGCGGCGCUACACUUAUGGAUUGUAUAGAAGAAUCGCAUGCAAAGCCAACAAGAAAUACCACAGACUACAACAGCACUACUAAGCGUGGACUAACAACGAAGUCGGCUACCAUCGACGCCGGCUCAAAUAAAAAUGACACUUUGAAAAGUCGUGCUGUGGCGUCGUUUGCUAUCAAAUCAGCCAGUCUACCGUUAGCUGGUACUUCGUCGAUAUUUUUAGGCGAAUGCGAGAUGCCAAUAACGCGCGAACGCGAAACCUCGAAGCGCCACAAUCGGGAAAGUGAAGUGCGCGAACGUGAAAGGGAAAUAGUAUGCGAAUGGGAAUGGAAACGCGCGUCCGAUAAUGCUCGACAACCCAUUCGGCGUGCAACUGCCAGCGCCGAAGACUACCGAACGUUAAGAGAUAUACGAAACAACGAAUACAUGGAUUAUAAUACGUUGCAAUACGAAAAGCAGACUGAGAAUGUAGGCUUCAAUGGCAGCAACAUGGUGGCAAAUGGUUGUAAAACUAACAAAUCUAGACCAGCAGCUGCAGUUAAAGUAAUGUCAACAACAACAACAACAAAAACCGCAACAUCAACAUCAGUAUUUGCCAAACAUGCAAAACCAUUUCCAACAAGAACAACCAGCACAACUGCAACGUGCGGCAUGCCACAUUUGAGAGAGCGCUAUUUUCGCAGCAGCUCACUGCCGAAUAUAUGGUUACCGAGUCAUGGUUCACCCAGAGCCAAAAAUUCCAUUGCAUUACCAACAGUUAAUGAUGUGAAAAGCAGUUAUACGACGAAUUUGACCCACCAAAUGCGGGCCGUCUCGAGCCCUUCCCUCACAGAUGCUCUACAGGAGGAGCUCAACUACGCUUCCGUUGGUCCUGCUGCCGCUCCAGCCGUAUUUAAUGCACAUACACAAGAUUCCGGUACCUCCGGUGAGUCCCCACCGACAAUGGUCACGGCAACAAAUAAUAACCAAAGCAACAGCAGUACCAGCAGCAGCGGCCGACCAUUGGGAAGCCUGCCGAGUAGUCAAAGUGUAGGCGUGUUGCAAAAAUUCAAACGCACGCUCACCAAUUUCAAUAAGCCGGCGCAGCAGCAACAACAACAACAACAACAGCCGCAACAUAUAACAAACAGCAAUAGCACACAAGCUCUCGUCAUGACCAACUCAAUGUCGACUACAAGCGCCACCAUAGCGGGUGGUGGUAGUGCCGGUGGCAUCAAUGCGAUUGCCGGUGAACAUCAAUCCGAUCAAUCCAUGGCGAAUGUCGCGCUCGAGGGUACAGCGGGCAAAUACCGUUUUGGUCCGCUUAUAUGGCGUUCAUCGAAGGAGCGUCGCAAGACGAAGUACAAUCGUCGUGAUAAGUGCAAUAGCGGGGACUCGGGCAUACAAAUCGAACUGGACAAUGAUGAACAAUUCUCGCGCAUUAUGCUGCCAGCGAAUUGUAUUGGCGGAGGUGGGGGUGUCGGUAAUGUCAGUGCGACAACCUCGAGUGCGACGGUCUCGGCGACAUCGGCACAAUGCAUUGCAAAGGGGAAGGUCACGCAGAAAAUGCGGACAGUGCGACGCGCCAACUCAGCCAAAGCCACCAGCAUCACAAAUCAGUCGGCAACAGCAGCCGUCAAUGCCAAAGCAAAGAUACUUAAACGCAUGGAAAUUCACGGUGGCAGCAUCGAACGCGAGGCGCCCGAGUCGCUACCAGCGCGCUCGCUAAGUCAACCCAACGGCUUGGAUACGUGCGGCAUUGGCGGCCGAACAACUGGCGAUAUGGAAGACAGUGAUAGCGAUAGCAUAACCUCACAUGAAGAAGCGCCCAACUACUACCCUAUUUACGCUGAAGUGUUGUACAGCUUCACGGCGGCCGGUCCCCAAGAGCUCGGUCUCGAACGUGGCACACUAAUCGAAGUGCUGCGCAAAGAGGUCGGUCCCUGGUGGUUUGGACGCAUACGCAAAGAUGAUAAUAAUACGCUAGUCGAAGAGAUACUUGACCCCGAACUCGGUUGGUUUCCCAAGGAGUUCGUGCGCGUCAUACAGUGCCCCAAAACGGAUGUGUUCUUCCUUUCGCAAAUGUCGACAAAUGGCCCAACAGCGGCACAACAGCAAGCGCCAACAACAAAAAGUAGCAGUUUCAGAAAAUUUACAAAAGCAAAUACAACAAAAACAGCACCGGCAGAAUCGACCACAACAACACCGCAAUCAUCAAUAGUCACAAUGACCGCCGACUCCACGGCUGAGUCCACAGUUGCUUGUGAUUUGGAUGCCACCAUUGUGGAUGAGAAUAACGUGACGACCAUUGUGAUUGAAUCGCCCUCGUAUGCUAGCCUCGCCAAUGCGCCCAGCAACACUCAUUCUCCACCAGACGGUGGCGGGGGUAGUGGCGUCGUCGCAGCAGACUCUUCAAAUCCUUCAAAUGCGCUGGCUCCAUCGCGCAGCAUUAAUGUGAUACUCGACAGCGCGGAUAUGUUGCGUCGUAGCGCGGUCAAAGAGUUGCUCGACACCGAGGUUAACUACGUCAAAUUGUUGGCCGCCAUUUGUGAGGGCUAUUUGCCGGCAAUGAGCAAGCGCAUCGAUAUUUUUUCGCCGAAUAGCAUUCGUUUGAUUUUCUCGAACAUCACGGCGAUCUACAAGUUUCAGCGUAAAUUUCUGGAGGCUUUGCGUAAGGGCAUCGAACAGAAUCAAGUGGCUAAAGUUUUCUUGAAAAUGCACAAGGGUUUUCUCUGCUAUUCGACAUAUUGCAACGCCUAUCCACGUGCUCUCAUAGAAUUGGAGACUUACGAUCGCAUCAAAGAUGCUAGAACCAUUUUAGACAAUUGCCGCGAAACAGAGAAUCUUGCUGAGCUUCCACUCUCCGCACAUCUCUUGGCACCCGUACAGCGUAUCUGCCGCUAUCCGCUACACCUCAGUGAAAUACUCAAGGGGGCAGCCAAAUGUGGUGAAAUGCCCGAGCAUGAGUUGGGCGAGUACGAGCAAAUAGAUGUCAGUCAAUUGGAUAUACCCGAUACAUAUGAGAAAAUCGAUUUAGCAUUGGAGGCAAUGCGUGGCAUUACAGAGGCGGUGAAUGAAGGCAAACGACACAGCGAGACAAUUGCGCGACAUCAGGCGAGUUUCCAGAACUUCAAGGGCCCACCACUGCAUCUGCACAGCACGCGCUUCUUCCUGCAAAUCGACGCCACGCGUCAAAAGCAAAAUCUCUGGAACAGCAGCUGCACGCUCUUUCUCUUCGACAACCAGCUGAUUUACUGCAAGCGCGACAUCAUCAAACGCAGUCACUUCAUUUACAAGGGACGCAUCUUUCUCGAUCGCUGCCGCGUGGUGAAUGUGCGCGAUGGCAAAAUGUUCGGCCACAAUAUACGCAACUCGCUGCGCAUCUACUGUGAGGCGCGUGACAAGUGGUUCGAUUUCAGCUUCCGCUCGGCAAAUCGCAAGCAUCGCUUCCUCAGCACGUUGGCGUUGGAGCGGCAAUUUGGCGGCAAAGCUUUUUAUGUCUCCGAAAUGACCGGUUUCGAGUAUGCAUACGAUGAGCGCGACUACUCGGAUCAAUCCGAUUACGAGUUGCCCGAGUGCGAAAACAGUAACAGCAGCGGUGGUGGUGGUAAUAGCACCGCCGUAGCCGGAGCUGGUGCUGGUUUGUCUGGCGCAACGCGUCACUGGUCCAUGGCGGAUGUGAGCACAGCAAAUGCAGGCGGCGCUUCGGCAACCAGCGGCGAUAGUUCGGUGCCGGAAUCGCCAGUAAAGCACAAAUACUGUGACACUCUGCCGAAGAAAUCGCAAACACGUGAUGCUUGUGGCGGCAGCGGCACGGUAAGCGAAUGUCAGACGGGCUCACUGGGACGCCGACGUUUGGGUAAUUGGUUCCGCAAACCGAAGAGCAGCAAUUCAACGCCAAAUCACUCGCCCACGCAUAAGGCCAACGAGCUGUCGGCGAGUCUGGUGGGCGGCAGUGAGAAUAAUAUAUCGAUUAAUUUGGGUAGCGGUAAUUAUAUAUCGUCGGGCUCGUCGGCAUGAAUUUUAGGGUGUGAGUCAAUAAAAAAAAAUUUAAAAAUUAAAAUAAACAAUUUUUAAUAAAUGCAAUUACACGUAGCGCGCAUUUUACGGCAACCGUGCGAGCACACAUACAUACGUAGAGUUGUUAUAUAAUCAAAAAUGCAAAUAUUGGAAUGAAAUGCAAGCGAAAUUUUGCGUACCCACUGUGCAACUAUGUAUUUGUUCUAUAAAAGUCAAUUAUGUAUGCAAAUACAGGUGAUUGCUUUUGUUAUUGUUUAAAUUUUUAUAAAGAAAAUUUGCAAAAAAAAAAUACUUCUUCAAAGCGAAGUGAUUUUAUUACACGACACAAGCAGCGCGAAAUUUCAAUAAAAAUCUGGUGGUGAUUUCCAAAAAUUUUACAAUUAAAAAAAAAACUAAAAUAAAAAAAAAAUUGUAAAAUUAUAUGGCAACCAUGCAUAAAAUAGUCAGCUCAUGUAGUAGUCAUUAUAAAUAAACUUUACAUUAUUUAAAAAUUGUUUGUGUAUAGGUUUCGUUGUGUAGUGGUCACAUGUGUAUGAACGUAUACUGUAUAAGUGAAAAUUUCCAAACAUUGCGCUGAAUAUUUCAAAGCAUUAGUAGAGUAAAUUUUACAAAUUUUCUAAAUGAACGUCACUUUUAUGCCAAACUGUACUCUACUACCCCGAUUUCCUAUAUAAAAUUGAAAGCCGUAGAAAAUUUAAGCGAAAAUAAAUGACAUUGAAAAAAAUGAGUGUUAACAUGAAAAAGCAAUUGUUUAGCGAGAACAAAAACAAACGUUUAUUGUUUAAAUAGAAGUAGAAAUGUAAGUGCACACACACAUACAUACAUUUACUAUAUACAUAUAUAGAUAUACAAAUAUGCAAUAAAAAAGUGCACACAUACAUAUACCAAACACAAAACCACAGUUACAGUUAUGUAUUAUGGCAUAUUAUUGAAGGAAAGUACUAAAACAAAAAA